UUGCCUUAAAAAAAAUCCUGUUUAUUAGAAAUAAUAUAUAGUUUUGCAUAUCCUUUGUCACAAUGAGGUACCAUCUGGUUUUAAUUGCAUUAUUAACGAAUAAUGUUAUUGUUAUUACACGCGGUUACAAAACUAAUUCGACUUUCGAAAACUUCGUUAAGAUGGUUAGAGGAAAUUUGUCAAAGGCAGCUGCUUACGAGUUACCUGUGAAUAACGAAAAAUUAUGUUACGUUAAGCCAACUGAGAAAAACAAAAUUUAUGCUUACGGUACGUUUGACUUCAUUAUAAUUGGCGCUGGCUCAGCUGGUACUUUACUAGCCAACAGAUUGACAGAGAUCGGAGAGUGGAAAGUACUUUUACUGGAGGCUGGAGGAGAAGAAAACGACUUUAGCGACAUUCCUGGAAUGAAUUUUGAACUCUAUUCGUCGGACAUGAACUGGGGCUACUUGACCACGCCACAGAAGAAAGGUUGUCAAGCAAUGGAGGAACACAGGUGUAACUGCGCAAGAGGUAAGGUUGUAGGAGGAAGCAGUACGGUCAACUCCAAAAUGUACGUGAGAGGUAAUAAAGCGGACUAUGACGAAUGGGAGGAAAUGGGCAAUCCUGGUUGGUCCUACAAGGACGUGUUACCUUAUUUCAUAAAGACAGAGAAUAGCCACAUCCACGACAGAAACCCAGGGUACCACGGGAAAGGUGGUCUGUUAGACGUGGGCUAUUUUGAGCCAACUAUUUUUACCACCAUGUUCUUAAAUGCCAAGAAAGAGUUAGGAGACAAAGUACUUGAUUAUAACGGUAAGAAUCAGAUAGGAGUGUCGCCAAUACAGUCUACAAUAAAAGGAAAUAAGAUAGCAAGCGGUGGAAGAGCCUUUAUUGAUCCAAUUCUAAAAAGGAAGAACCUCAACGUUACAAUAAAUGCUUUUGUCACUAAACUAAGAAUAGACACGAAACAGAAAAUAGCAAAAGGCGUAGAAUUUAUAAAAGGAGGACGAACGUUUAAAGCUAGAGCUGAAAAAGAAGUCAUACUUUCUGCAGGCGCCAUAAAUACUCCACAAAUUCUGAUGCUUUCUGGUAUAGGUCCUAAAGAAGAAUUAGAUAGGAUUGGGGUUGAAACUUUAGUCGACCUACCAGUCGGGAAAGGUCUAGAAGACCAUGCUACAUUCUUUGGUUUGAACGUGAGAACUAACCAAACGUUGUUUCGUGACUCUCUAGAGGUACUACUAGAGAACUACUUAAACAAUCGCAGACCUUACACAGCAGCAUUCAAUGCAGAUUCGGUAAGUUUCUUGAACGUAAACGAUAAGAAAAGUUCUGUACCUGACAUAGAACAAAUACUUUUCACACCUCCAGGAUUUGGUCCUAACUUAUGGAAGUCCGUAAAUCUCAGGAAAGAAUUUAAGGGUCAACUUGAAGAGUUACAAGUACCUUAUAAUGAUGUGUUUGUAUUGAUAGUACUGCUCCACCCAAAAUCUAAAGGCAGCGUAACACUAAAAUCGAAGAAUCCCCUAGACUUUCCCAACAUCGAUUACAACUACUACGCCGUGGAGGAAGAUAUGGACACCAUGCUAAAAGGUAUAAAUGAGGGUCUAAAACUAUUUGAAACCGAUGCUUUCAGGGCUGUCAAUGCGCAACUAGCUCCUAUUGUUAGGAUUUGCACCGGUUAUAUCGAGGGUACUGAAGACUUUUGGCGUUGUGCCGUGGAACAAGCGACCACUACUCUCUAUCAUCCCGUUGGAACUACGAAAAUGGGCAAAUCAAGAAACAAUUCUGUUGUAUCUUCGAAACUGCGCGUACAUGGCAUGAAGGGACUGAGAAUUGUGGACGCUGGGGUUAUUCCUAAGAUACCUUCCGGGCACAUGAAUGCUCCCACUUUUAUGAUUGCGGAAAGAGCCGCCGAUUUUAUUAAACAUUAUUGGAAUUGAAGUAAAUCUAGUACAUAUUUUUAAAGUGUGUUUUAGAAUAAUUCAAAUCAUAAUUUUAUUAUAAAAAUGAUUUAUAUUGAAUUAUACUUUUUUCGUUAAUACCUACAGAAUUAUUAUACAAGACAUGUUCAAUAAAAGGAUAUUUCUUUAAAA